AUGGCGAGCAAGGUCGACCGCAUCGUCGCUCGUCUACGGGAGAAAACCACCGACGGCGACUACUACGAGGCGCAGCAGCAGACGCGGGUCGCCGCCUCGCGCUACAUCAAGGCGCAAAACUGGCCCGCCGCCAUCGACAUCCUCGCCAGCGUCGCGCAGGCGUUGCUCGCGGCCGGCCAGGGCGGCAGCGGCGGCGACCUGUGCGUCAUGCUUGUCGACGUCUACAGGCAGGCCGAGCUCGCGCCCGACUCGGCCGCAAAGGGCAGGCUGCUGACGUGCUUGCGCCUCUUUGAUGCCCAGGAGCCCACGAGGAAGAAGUUUAUCGGCGAGAUGAUUGGCUGGUCGGCCAAGUUUGGAGAGUACCCGGCCGGCGACCCGGAGCUGCACCACGUUGCCGGAUCGCUAUACGCCGAGGAGCACGAGACGUACGAGGCCGAGAAACACUUGCUGCUGGGGACUAAGGACUCUCCUGCGGUCCUCGCCAAGAUGGAAUACGAGUGGUAUAAAGAGGGAGACGCCCACCUAGCGCCACACUUUGCCGCCAGAGCCAUACUCGGCUACCUCCUUGUCGGCAACGUCCGCGCAGCCAACACCUGCUACCGCCUCUUCACCAGCUCCCUCAGUAACGAGAACACCGGGCUUGGCGUGCAAGACGUCUCGAGCGCUCACUGUGACAUCCGAGUCUUCCCCAGCCUGCCCCUCGUCAACUUCCUCGGCCUGCUUCUCCUGGCCAUCCAACGCGGGGCGCCCGAGGUGUAUAAGGGCCUCGUGGCCAAGUACGCCACCCAGAUCAACGAGACUGAAGUGUGGGCCGAGUCGCUCGAGAUGAUUGCCGAGCUGUAUUUCGGCAUCUCGAGGCCGCGGCAGAGCAACCCGCUGAUGGACAUGAUGAGCGGCUUGUUGGGCGGGGGCGGCGCGCCGCAGCAGCCCCAGAGGCGAAAGUUGCGUAGCGCGGAAGCUCCAGCUCCUGCAGGGCUGGAUUAG